CUCUUUAAGGCGUUGCCAUGGUGAAGCUUUGCGCUUGUUGUUAAUGCGUCAUCAGUCUGCGUGUAACAGAAGAAUAGAGCAAAUACCGCGCACUAUCCGCACAAUUAUCAAAGAAUUAAGGGUUUAAUUAAAGCAGCGGUAUGUGUGAAGGGCCCUCAGCGAUCUCUGGUCCCAUUCCUCCAGACCCCACACUGUUUCCUGAGUAUUACAAACGCCCGUCCUCUGCUCGCGGUCGGCUGGAGGGGAACGCUCAGAGCGGCUCGUCUCCUCUUCUGAAGGGUCCGUUAGCACCAGAUGCUGGGUGUUACAGCGCCCGCGGCACCCCUCGACCCCGCAUCGGUGCCAACGCCGCUCACAUCCUCGAGAGAGGACAGAGAGGGGUUGUGGGAGACCUGCUGAAGCUGGAGGGAGUGGCGCUGAACCCCAGCCCAGCCAAACCCAAACCUGCCGUACGGGACUUUGGGAAAGAAAAUGUACGCAAGCUACGUGAAAUCCAAAGGCGUUUUCGAGAGCUGGAGGCGCAGAGAGAACAUGCCAAACCCGCGCCGGUUAAAGCACUCUGGAUCUCUCCAAAAUACCAGGACGUCUCCUCCAGGGUUAUGGCCCAGUUACAGGAGACAAGCCCUCCUAAGAAACCCGAAUGUCAGAACUUCCUGAAGGCUCACUCUCUGUGUGGCACUGGAGGUCGAGCGCUGCUCUGCCGCUCAGAGAGCGGACCGUCACCAUCUGCAGGAGACUCGGAUUCUGAGAUGCAUGUGAGAGGACACACGAUGGACUUUGUGAGUCAUAACGCUCGUGCCGCUGGGAAGACGAACCUCAGGAGAUCACAGUCCUUACAGAACCUCAGAGACAAACCACCACCCAGCGCCGUGAAGGGCAAAGUGCCACAAUAUCUGGAGCAGAGGAAGCUGCAGUGGAAAAAAGAGGAGGAUGAGAGGAGAAGAAACACUCCUGAUCCAUCCAUUCCUGCUGGACACACUCAGAUGUCUGAAAGAGAGAGACAGGAGACCCUGAGGUCCCUCAAAGACACUCACAGGUCUCUGGUCAGUGAGCUGCUGUCUCUCCCCAUCAAAGCCGACACACUGAGCGUCCGCUCUCGACGCGCUCAACUCGAUCAGCGUCUCUCGGAGGUCGAGGAGGCCAUCAAAAUCUUCUCACGGGAUAAAGUCUACGUGAAAGUCGACUCUUAAACAUCACAUCCAGAUCAGGCUUUUUCUCCUGUAUUUCUGUAUUUAUUAGUUUUAAUUUCCUGAGUUCACUGCAUUUGAACGCUUGACACUAUAAAGAGAUUUGUGACUAAAUAAGACUCAUAUUAGUGGCAGAGAUCAUUGAUUUCGUUUUUGCUAAUUCUGUAGUCAUGCUUUGGUUAGAUAAUUAUGAGAUUUAACAGCCCUAAUUAUGAGAUGAAAAGUCAAAGUUCUAAAUUAUUACAUACUAAGUCAUAAUUAUGAGAUCGUUGUUAUGAGAAAAACAUGACGCACUGAGUCAUAAAUAUGAGAUAAAAUUCAAAAUGAUGACAUAAGUUGAC